UUUUUUUUAUCACUCUCUGCUUUUGACGCUUCCUUUGCUUUGCUUUUUUCUCUCCAUUACUUCACCUUUAUCUCUCCAAUUAUUUGAAUUUCCAGAAGAAUAACGCUCCCAAAAUACUGCAUUUUCUUCUCCAGAUCCUUUUUCAGUUGGUAAAAUGCCAGAGAUUCAGUUGGGCGCCCAUACAUUCAGAAAUCAGGGAGUGGAAGUAGCAAAAUUUCACAUGCAUGACUGGCUUAUUCUCUUCCUACUUGUCGUGAUAGAUAUAGGUUUAAAUGUGAUAGAACCAUUUCACCGUUUUGUUGGAUCUGAGAUGAUGACAGAUUUAAGAUACCCUUUGAAAGAAAAUACCAUUCCCUUUUGGGCUGUUCCAAUUGUUGCUAUAAUCUUACCUUUACUAGUCAUACUUGUCUUUUACUUCAUCAGAAGGGAUGUCUACGAUGUGCAUCAAGCUAUAUUAGGAUUGCUGUACUCUGUACUCAUCACCUCUGUUCUCACUGAUGCAAUAAAAGAUGCUGUUGGUCGACCCCGUCCAGAUUUCUUUUGGCGGUGUUUCCCUGAUGGAAAAGGGGUGUUUGAUCCAGUCACAAGCAAUGUCAAAUGUACUGGCUUGAAAAGUGUUAUCAAAGAAGGACAUAAGAGUUUCCCAAGCGGACAUAGUUCUUGGUCUUUUGCUGGUCUUGGCUUCCUCGCUUGGUACCUGUCAGGGAAAAUCAAAAUAUUUGAUCGAAGAGGUCAUGUUGCUAAGCUCUGCCUUGUUUUCCUGCCCUUACUGAUGGCGGCAUUAGUUGCAGUUUCCCGGGUUGAUGAUUACUGGCACCAUUGGCAAGAUGUAUUUGCUGGAGGUCUCCUAGGAUUGACUGUGGCUUCAAUUUGUUACUUACAAUUCUUUCCCCCUCCAUAUGAUGUAGAUGGCAGAAUGCCCCAUGUGCAUUUACAAAGGCUGGCGGAACAGCGAACUGGUACACAAUCUAUGUCAAAUAAUCCAGGUUGUCUUACUAUAAGGCAACCCGAAGUUGACAGUAUGUAUGUUCAACCUGAACAUGGCAUCGCCAUAUCAGAACACAGUGCCCGUGAGACUGGACCAAUCUUUGAUGACAACGUUGAACAUGGCAGAUGGAGGCAUUGACUACAUGUUUCCUCAUUCAUGCAUUAACUGUAUAGAUCAGAAUAGGUAUUCUGCACUCUGUUAGUCCUCAUUAAACAGGUAGAUUUUUUAAGAGUUGCUUGUUUUUCCACUUCUGUGAAUUUUUCUACCCUUGUAAUUUUACAUUUGAUUGUUAGAUUUGAUUUCAAGAACUCGA